AUGAAAUUGGUUUGGUCUCCGGAGACUGCAUCUAAGGCCUACUUAGACACCGUUAAGUCCUGCGAGAAUCUUGAAACGCCUGACGCGGCUGAGCUAAUAUCUGCGAUGGCGGCUGGUUGGAACGCGAAGCUGAUCGUGGAAACAUGGUCAUACGGAGACGCAAUAGCCUCGAGUAUCGGCUUAAACGUCGCGAGCCAACACGCAAACGCGAAACACAUAUGCAUCGUACAAAACACGAGAACAGAGUCGGCUUAUCUCCAAGCCAUUCAAGAAUCUUCAUCUCCCUUGAACUUACCAGAGACGAUCAUAUCCCAAGAACCCGAAAACGCGAUGAAGGACAUACAAGGAAUCGACUUCUUGGUCGUGGAUUGGCGGCACAAGGAACUUGCAGCGGCUGCGUUGAGGAACGCUGCGUUUGGAAGCAGAGGAGCGGUUGUGGUUUGUAGAAACGGGUAUUCGAGAAGUUCUUCGGGUUUUAGCUGGAGAAGGGCGUUAAGAGAGAGGGAAGUUGUUAGAACUGUGACUCUUCCGGUCACCGGAGGUAUUGAGAUUGCUCACGUUGCGGCUAGGAGCUUGGGGAAGAUCGAAAAGGGUAAGAGGAGAUGGAUCACGCAUAUUGAUCAUAGAUCAGGAGAAGAACAUGUGUUUAGUGUUUAGAAAGUAUAUUAAAGAGACAAAGACAAUAUGUUUAUUUGGAUUCUUGUUAUAUCACUUUGUACAUAAACUUCCAUAGAUGUUAUUGUAUCAUACUUGUCUUAGGUCUCAG